UUUCUGUCGACGCAUUCUAUCAUCCUACCACUACACAGACGCAAUUAUUUCCCAGAGAGCCAUAUCGGUGAAAGCCCCAGCGAAAGCGUUAUCGUCAUAAGAUCCAAAAGCUGGCGAGUUCAAUAAACCGAGUCAAUGAACUCGCCCGUUACAGUCCGUUCCAUUCUUUGCGAAGGACCAUGGGUUUGGAAUGACGGCGCAAGUGAAGUUACCUUUCACGAGAAUGGAACAGGGAAGCUGUUCUGCUCUACCGAGUACACCUGUUGGAUCUUUGCCGAGAUCGACUGGAAGCCGCACAAUCCUGCGUCUCUCGAUCAGGUCAUUGAUCUCUGUAACAAUAGGAAGCAACCAACAAUCCUGGCAGACUUGACCAUCGAGAUGACCCUCACGACGCGCCGACCACCCGAUAUUUGGUGGAAGGGCAAAGUCAAUGAGGACUGGCUAAAUGAAGAGGCGUUUCGCGCAAAGACCUACCGUAUAUCGCUGGAGCACGGCCGGUUUCGGAACCAGUUCGACGUCAAGCAUAAC